AUGGCUGACUUUCAGGGCUCCAAAAAGGUCGUGGCGAGCCUACUUAACCAGUUCCCGUACAAUGCGAGAUGGCUUUAUUGGCUGUCUGUCGUCGUCUUCUGCCUGAACAUUGGCCUCUUCGCCUUAUUCACCUUCGUGUCCAUUCUCCAGUUUGUUCUGUUUCCCAGGGUAUGGAUCACCAUAAUUGAGCGGCCAAAUCAGGCCUUCUUCUUGAGUAGUAUACCAGUGAGUCUCGGGACUAUCGUCAACAUGAUGGUGUUUGUGUGUGCUCCUGCGUGGGGAAAAUGGGUCGUUUAUCUUGCCUGGGGGUUAUGGAUGGCUGAUGCAGCCCUGUCACUGCUCUGCGCCUUGUUCCUACCUUUCCUGCUCGUCAUCAAACGACAAGAAGAAACCCCGUUGUCGACAAUUACCGCUCUGCAAACAUUCCCCGUCAUCGGAACAGUGGUCGCAUCCGCCACUGCGGCUUUGGUUGCAGGAGUCUUGCCGGACAAUGAACAAGCUUUGGUAACGGUCAUCAUAGGCUAUGUUCUUUGGGGUGUUGGCGUUCCUUCAGCAAUCUUCAUCCUCAUCACCUAUUGGCAACGACUGACUAUUCACAAGCUCCCGCCGCGUGAGGUUAUUGUGUCUUGUUUCAUACCCCUUGGCCCUUUGAAUAUGGGGAGUUUCGCGAUCAUGAAGCUUGGAGACGUCGCCAUGAGAGUGUUCCCUCUGACAGAGACUAUCCAUCCUCUCGCGGGAGAUUUGGCCUACAAUUUUGGAGUGCUUUUGUCCUUGAUCCUGUGGGGGUUUACCUUGUUGUGGCUCUUUCUCGCUGUUGCAACAAUAUACCAUUGCAAGCAUUUCCCAUUUAAUAUGGGUUGGUGGGGGUUUACUUUUCCGAUUGGCACGUUUGCCCUUUCGAGCAAUACGCUUGCGAAAGAGAUACCUUCUCGGUUUUUUCGAGUCAUCGGAUCGAUAACCUCUGUCUGUGUUUUUCUGCUUUGGAUCCUCGUCGUGUACGCCACACUUAGAGAUCUCAUCACAGGCGGGCAGCGACUGUUCAAGGCACCUACACGGGCAGUGCCCAACAUUGACGCAGGGCCCGACAAAUUUGACGAUGCAGAGAAGCUUACCUGA